AUGAAAAGAACUAAUUCUAUUGCUUUAACUCCAUGUUCUCCAUCAAGAUUUUCUAUCAAAAAGAAGACACUUCAAACAAGAACAAAAUAUUCAUGGAGUUCAAGAAGAGGAAGUACUGUAUUGAGACCAAAUUCAACUGGAUCAUUUGAAAUUGAAUCUAAAGAUAUCCCAACAUUUAAUUUAACAGAAAUUAUAAAGGUGUCAUUAUCAACAAUAGUUAGUUCAUCUAAACAAUUAUUUCAGUUAUUUGAUUCUAUUACACCAUCAUCUCAAUUUGUACAGAGAUAUAAUGAGGUAUUACCAGCUCAUCAACGAGGUAUUCUUUUAAAACAGAUGUCUAUGGUUUUAAUGGGAUUAUCAAAACCAACAAAUCUACCAUUAAUAUGUUCAUUUAUAAUUGAUGGUAAAUUAUGUUUUGAUACAUACCCUAUAGUUCUCUCAGCCCUGGCUGUAGAAACAUAUGCAGAAAUUCCAGAAACAAAUUUGAAUGGUCUGAUUGAUUUUACAAGUGAAAUAUUAAAAGAGUUUUCUUUUCUGAUUGAACUAUUAGAUAAAGACAUGCAACGGUAUAUGACAUUAUUAGGAAUUAUGUUUAACAAUGAACAAUUAGAAAAAAGAAAGUUUUUGAAACCAACUGAAUUUGAGAAUGUAAUGAACCAUGAUUCAAUUAUCAUGAAUUUAAUAUCACAAGGAGAUAUUGAAAUAAAAGAGAUGAAAAAAUAUACUAAAGAACUUUUUUGUGUUGCUAAUAGUCUCAAAACGAAAGAACCUAUUAACAUAUCAUCUAAGGGAAUUAUUAUAAGACAUGGAAGUAUGUUAUUAAGACAACUAGAUAAAUAUAAUAAAAGGAUAAUGGUCAAUACAAUUCUUAUUCUAUACCCUACUGGACUUCAAAUGUAUCUUAUUCCUUUAGAUAAUACUAUUGUAGAAUCAAUAUGGAUUUCUGUUGAUAAUUUAAAUGUCGGUAAUAUUACGGGAAUAAAUGGUGAAUUUUAUAAUGAAGGGUGGUGUGUAUUAACUAUUGGAGAUAAAUUAAAUAAUACAACAUAUUGUAUGUGUUCAACAAAUCUUUUAACAACUUUAAUGUGGCAUGAUGAUUUAGUUCACUGUAUCAAUCAACAAAAAACAAGUACAACUAUUAAAAUAAAAGAAGUACUUGUUGAAAGUAAUUUAACAGAUAGACUACCAGCUACAGUAUUUAGUGUAAUAAAAGAGUUAAUAUUAAGAGGAUGCUCUUGUUUCAAAAUGGGAACUAAAUUAAAAACAAAAGGAGUACUUAAACGUACGUUACAAAAUAAUCCUAAGAUUGAAUUAAGUGGUGUACCAAUUGAAGAGAUUGCAGGAUUCUUUCUUGAUUAUUUAAAAGAAAUGAAACCUAAGUUAUUUAAUAAAAAUGAUAUUGAUUUAUUUAAUAAAAUUAACUACAAAGCUGAUAACAUUGAAGGAUCAAAUCUUAUUGAAUUCUUUGAUUUAAAAGAAAGUGAAAUAAGAAAUAUACUAUUAUCAUUUAUAUUUCUACUCAAUUGUUUUGUUAUUAAUGGUGAACAAUUUUCUUUUGGGAUAGAUGAUGCAAUAAAACUAAUUCAAAUAGCUAGUGAUUCCACAUUUAAAAAGAAAUGUAUGGAUACUACACGAAUAAAAUAUAUUAUUGAUAAUAUUAAAGAUGUGAUGCCAAGAUAUACAAUGAAAGGGAUACCUAUGACAUUAAAUAAAGUGAAUUUAAUGAAAGAACCAAUUAAAAAAAUAAUAAUAUUAAGUGAUAUUAAGUAUUGUAUAUUAUUUGAAAAACAACUUAUUUGUUAUUGUAAUAAUGAAGAGUUAUUAUCAUUACAUUUAUCUGAUACAUAUACAUUAUGUUGUAAUUAUAAUGAAUAUAUUUUUAUUGCUAAUGAUAAAUGUAUAACAAGAAUAAUUGAUGUUAAAACAGAAACAAUAGAGCUUAAUGGAAUUAAAGAUAUUGCAAUUAAUGAAAAUAUUUUAAUAGUUGCACUUGAUAAUAGAUUAGAAUUUUUUGAUUGUCAGACAUUUGAAUUAAUAGAAACAUAUUCAUUUACAAUAGUAGAAACAAUUAAAACACAUCAAAUAAGAUCAGGAUUUGUUGUAGCAAUAAAUAACAAAACAUUAAAAUUCUUUGACCAAAAAGGAAAUUUAUUAUUAACAAAAGAUUAUGAAUUUAUAAAUAAAGAAAUUACUGUUAUAACAUCAAAUGAUGGAAUUAUUAUGAUUGGAUUUAAUGAUGGAAGUAUCUCUAUAUUUAAUGAAAUGAAUGGAAAUGAAUUAGAAAUUAUUAUUUCUUAUGAAGGAAGUAUUAAAGAUAUUACAAUGGGAAAUCAACAUUAUUAUGCACUUACUACAAACAAUUGUGUAUUAGUUAUUGAUAAAAAUCAUUUUAAGAUUUUAUCAAUAUUUAAUCCUUUUUCAAUAAUAUCAUCUCUUUUAAUAACAAAAAAUGAAGUUAUCUUAAUGAGUUCAUUUAAUUCAAUUUUUUACUAUCAAUUAAAUAAUCCACCAACUUGUUCAUCAAUUAAUUUAUCUCCUUUCUUUAUGGAUAUUCCACAAUCUAUGUCUUCAUUAAACCAUUCAUUUAUUCCUAAUCUUUCUCAUAUUAAUUGUGUUUGUUCGAUAUGUAAUAAAACACUUUCUUCAUAUGACUUUAUUUGUAGAUAUUGUCAUACUUGUAUUCACACAAACUGUUUAUCAUUACUUAAGAAAGACUGUGUUAAAUAA